UAAUUCUAAGGACUGUAUCUUUCUGAUUUUAGUAUAUGUUCAUUCUCAUUGAUUUUUCAUCCACAGAUUACCAAGAUGAAGUUUCAGGCCAUCUUUUCCAUGGCUGGUCUUCUCAGCAUUUGCACUUGUGCUCCUAUCUACCAUCCACAAAUUGGAAUAAUUGGAAGUAACAGUAAUGAGGUUUUGGGUCUCAAUGGACUUACUCUGGCAGGUUUGGGUCCAGCGCAGGGAACAGCAUUUUUUCCUCCCUUCCUGAUCCAGCAGCAGCCCCCACAGGUGCUCAGCUUUAACCCUGCUAUGCAGGGACCAUUCCUGCCACCUCAAAUAAACCAGCUGAACCCAGCACAGUUGCCCCCGUUGCAGCAGGAGCAGCCCAUACCUGGCAUUAUUCCCAACAACGGCUUACCAGCACAGAAUCUUCCCCCGGGUUUUCCAUUCUUCCUGACUAAUCUAUAUCCUUUGAGGAACACUCCUGUGAGACUGGCACCAGACCAGUACACUGGCCCAAGUGUUCAAGCCCAGGACACCAUGCAACCAAUGCAGCCAGUGCAACCAAUCCAGAACAGGGGGAAAGCAGACCCGAAAGUAACGUCUGCUCCUGAUUACCGUGGUGAUCGGCCCGUUCCUGGAGCUGGAGAGGGGCAUCCUGGGUUCUCAUUGUUUGAGCCGCUCAGAAGGUUUCAUUAUUAGAAAGAUAUCCCACCAUGGAGACCCCUCACAGGAGACAUUUUUGUUCAACUUGGACAUAUCAGUAUGUUACCAAAUAAAAUAUAAUAUGCUCUAUUAA